GUGAUCUGACACGGAAAUGGUCUCAGGCCGGAGAUAGGUCAGUCCCAUCGGUAGGUCUAUGGGCAAUUUUGUUAACAAACUUUUCUGUGACAGUAAAUCCUUAAAUAUUAGAAACUACAGUUCCCAGCCGGCUCAGCGACCUUUGUCGUGUUGUUGUGGUCUCUCUGAUACAGACAUGUCCGGCGGCAGCACACAGUGAGCUCCAGUUGCACUCAUCCCUCCUGGUAGAUUGAACGAGUGGAAGUGUCAUGCCAGUCCCAGCGAUGGCAGAGCCUGCGGUUGAUCACCAGAAACGGUUUCAGGCUGCCGUGGAUGUCAUUCAUAACCUCCCCAAAAAUGGCUCCUACCAGCCGUCCUAUGAGGUGAUGCUGCGCUUCUACAGUCUGUAUAAGCAGGCGGUGUGUGGACCCUGCACUGUGCCUCGACCCGGCUUCUGGGACCCAGUGGGUCGCUACAAAUGGGAUGCCUGGAGCCGGCUGGGAGAGAUGAGCAGAGAGAGUGCCAUGGCAGCAUACGUGGACGAGAUGAAGAAAGUAGCACAGGAGGUCAUCAACAACACACCCAUGAAUGAGAAGACGGCCUCUCUCUUCCACCACUUCGAGCCUCUCUACCUGGUGAUCGAUGACAUGCCACGACCUCCAGAGUCUCUGCUGGUGCUCAGAGAAGGUCUUAAAGGCAGUGAGCCAGCUGACAGACCAGCAGAGGUGAAGGUUGAAGAUGAGGAGCAGGAGGAGCCUCAAGAAGAUUGUUCUCUAUCAGAAGGUCCAGAUCCAGAGCAGGAGUUCAUCCUGACUGACGUUGUAGACCUCACUGCCAACACCAUCUCUAAUGACUCUGGUGUGUGUGAAGGUUUGGUGUUGACCAGCGACUCAGAGAGCGAGAUCUUCUGUGACUCAGUGGAUUCAGUGGAGCAACUCGGCAGCGUCAAGAUUCCACUCGUCAAGUCCAACGGCUUUCAGAACGGCCACGUAUCCCUGGAGUCAUCUCCGAUUCAGAGCCAGCAGCUGGAAGGUCGACUAGAGGUCAGACAGGUGGGAGCGGGUCAGGGUGGAGAAGGGGCGGACGACGGGAAGGGUCAGGGUCCCAACAGGAGGAGUCGAGACACAGGACGAGAAGGUUCCAACCACAACUGGAGAGAACGUGGUGUUCCUCAGGGCAGUCCGAGGCGGGGGGCCCCGGGCGGUGGCGGCGGCGGGGCCGGGCGUGGAGGAGGAGACGGUUCAGAGGGCGGGACAGAGAGGCUGCAUGACGCCCAGCUCCAGCAGCAGAUCAUCCUGGCCCUGAGGAGGCUGCGAGAGGACAUGAGGAGUGUGAUGGACAGGCUGGAGGUGGUGGAGCGACUCGCAGCCACACACGCUCAGGGUUCAGAGUGGAGACCAUGUCUGCAGUGUGCAGCCACAGCGUCACAACAGCAGGCGGAGAAGUGGUGGCCGUUUGACGUGUCCGGUCAGACCGUCGUCCUCUUCCUGCUGUGGCCGUUCGUGGCUCAGGGUGUGGUCUACCUGCUGAGGAAAGCCCAGAAGAGAAGUCGCAUAUCUUCAUGAAGCAAGCCGACCAGCACAUUCAACCACUGCCCCCCACAGGAAUCCAUCAUGUCUACAGGAGGAAGGAUUGAUUCCACUGUGAAUCCACAUCCUCCCUCACUGUGUGUGCACUGGACAGAGGGGGUGAUGUUUGUGGACUUGCUGUCUGCUUGGAGAGAUGUGUGUUUGGUUGUGAUGUAAAAGCUCAGGAUCCAGAAAUCCUCACAAAUCACUCACUGCAGCAAACCAGUCAUCAUUUAAAUUAUUCAAGUUGAUUCAUCAGCCGGCUUAUUUUGGGUAGCAGGAAUUGGAUACUGAACAUGAAAAAAGCUGAAUGUGUACUUGUACUGAUGAUGGAAAUACUUGGAUGAUAUUGUUAUAUCAUCCAAGUAAGUGAGGUUCACCUUUAUUCCUUUUCUAGUGGUUUUUGCUACAAUAAGCUCCAUGUCUUUUGUAAUAUACAGAAUAUUAUCGGUGUGAAAUGUAACAUAAUGUAUCAAAAGAAGCUUCUGUUUGUGCAGAAGUAAAACUACAGAUGGUCCCACUAAAACGUUGGAUGCUAAUUUAAUUGUAAUAAUGUCACCAUCUCUCUGAAAUGUCUAUAAAAUUACACUAAACUGUAAAUGUCAGCGGAUGUGACUGAGUGUUGAGGAGCAGCUGUGUAUCUCUGGUGCUCCAUCAUCUCUCCCGGCGUCUGUACAUCAUGAUAUCCGUUCUGAUGACAGUGGUACUAAUUAUUUCUCUAAUGUCGUGGAUCCAGUCAUCAGACUGUUGCUGCUGCUGACUGUGACUCCUGGUGGAACCUGAUGGUACUGAAUUGAUGAGUGUAACUGAAGCCAUUGUCACUAAAUGAAGAAGAACUGUUGUGAAACUGCCCUAUAAUGAUCAGUCAUGUGUUAAACUGACGCAUGAGCUCCAAUUAAAAAUAUAUAU